AUGAACAAGGUGUAUCAAAGGAAAAAGCUACUUGUCUUUUUGUUUUUUUUAUUGUACAUAUCAAAUUUGGGUAAUCAAAAUUUAUUACAAUACGAAGAUUCAUAUAUAGCUGAACAUAAUGAGAGGGGUAAAUAUAGCUACUCAAUUUUUUCUCCGCUAGUUGAAUAUAUUAAGGGGAGUAAUAAAAUAGAGGAAAGAAGAUCAUUUUCUUUUUUUGUAUCAUCAAAAGUAAUAUAUGGAUUAUAUCAUAAUAAAAAUUAUAGUAAAUUUUCAGACUUUUGUUUUAUUAAAAAGAAUAAUGAAAAUAAAGGAUCGGUUAUACUUUUAAAUUCAUAUUCCCCUAAUACUAAGCUUUUAGUUUUAGAUAAAACAGAUAAUGAAAUUUAUAAUUAUACAGAAAAUAAAAAUGGAAAGAAAUGUGAAGACUUAGAAAAAGAAGCAUUGUAUGUAUAUCAUUUUCGUGAUACACCACAAGAAAAUAUAAAUAACAAUUAUGUUUUUUAUAAUAAAGAUAUAGAUCAACAAUUAGAGAAUAAAUUAUUAAAUUUUAUUAUACUUCAUUGUGAUACUAAAUUUAAGAAUGCUUUUAAAAUCGAAUUUGUAAAUAAUGACAAUUUUUUGAGAAACCAUUUUUCAUGUGAAGAGCAAGGUCUCAUCGAGAUAUACAUGCUACUGUUUGUAAUAUCGACAGUUUUGUCGUUGGUAUAUGUUCGAAAGAGAAGUAUGUUGAGUAGAGAGAAUGGGGCAUUAAAAGAGUCAGUUCAUUUUGGAGUUUUGUUUUUUUAUUUUUCAAAUAUUUUUUAUUUAAUUCAUAUAUAUUCGUAUGCAUUUAAUGGGACAGGGUUUAGUAUACUAAAAGUUUUAAGCCAAAUAUAUGAAGCAAUUUUUGAUUGUAUAACAUUGACAACAAUUUUUUAUAUAGUAAAUAAUAUUAAUAAUAAAAAGAAAAGGAAAGAGGAUACUAUAAAAACCGGAUUUAUAUAUUCCAUACUAAAGUUCUUUUAUAUUUUAUUUGAGAUGGAGAACCACCAAAGUUUGAAUGUAUAUUCAAGUUUGCAUUCCGUUGUAGCGUUUCCUUUUGUUAGCCACAGAGUGAUUAUUUCUGUGUUAAUAUAUAACAAUUGUAAAAAAUUGCUGAAGGAAAAAACCAGUGCAAGUGAUAAAACCAGGGUCCUUUGGGAUGCGUCUAUAUACAUGGGAUGGUUUCUCUCUAUUCCGUUCAUUUAUUUUUUUUUGUGGAAUGCUUCAAUGCACUUUACCCAUUUGUUCAUUCAUUUCUCCAACCUAUGCAUUUUAAUAUGUUUGGUAUACAAAAUUUCAGAGAAAAAGUAUAAUAUUUUGGAAUCCAAUCACCCAUAUAUAGAUAUGGAAUAA